CUUUCGUUCGCAGAAAAAGCUUCCGCUCUUUCAGUUCUGGUCGACACCGGAGCUUUCAACGCCUCUCCCUUUUGAGCCGAAGAAGAAGUCUUUCUUGCAAAAACGGACGAACAAUCCGAGAGAAAAAAAGACCUGCAGGGACAACGCGAGGUCACUUCGAGGGAAAAAGGCUUUUCUGCUCCACACCGCGAGAACUCCUCAAGCGGCGCCAGCCUUUUGAGGCAAGGACUUUGAAACUUUUUCUUCUUUUCGCCGACGUUCUUCUCGCCUUCUCUCCGCGUUUUCGGUCUGUAGCCUCUCGAACGUUCCCCAACGUUCCCUCGCUUUUCUCGGCAGAGCGACCAGCCGUCGUCUUUUGAGCUCCUGGCCCCUCCGAAGAGCGACGAGGUGUCCGUACAGCCGUUUUGAGCGGCGUCCGUUCUUGUUGGAACUCGCGGAAUUUUUCGUUCAACGUUUCCGUCUCUUCGAGAAAAAAUCGACUUUCCAAGUUCUUUCCUACGACUCUGCUGCCCUUCUCCUUGUCCUCACACGAGUCUCCCCGACUCGCCGUCCUGCGCCUUCAGGGAUCUCCCGGCAGAGCAGAGGCACGAGAAAAAGAAAAGAAAGAAGAUAAGAAAGAGGGAAGAUAAGAAAGAGAGAAGAUAAGAAAGAGAAGCAGGAGACGAAGGAGAAGCAAGAGACGAAGGAGACAGUCAGAGGCCGACAGGGGGAGAGUGAGGAGAUACAGAAGACAUACAGAAAUCGAAGGAAAAAAGAAGACUCUACACUGUUUCUUCUUUUUCUUCCUAGAGUGACAGGAGUCCCUUUCAGAGUCUCCUGACUUUUCGCGUUUUUAAGCUACAAUAUAAACAAAAAGGAGUUGAGUGUCUGACUGUCUCUCGUUUGCGUGGUGUUGGACCUUCCGGUCAUCUCACUUCUUUUCUGUUCUUUGUGUCGUCAUCUUUUUCUCCUUUUCCGCUUUCGUUUUUCUCGUCCCCCUCUCGACGCUCCUUCCGGAGAGUCUCCGUGACAUGAGAAACCGACGUUCUUGCAACGACUUCGUUUUUCUGUCCGUCUCCUUCGUGUCUGUCCUCCUCUCUCCCGUCUCGUCUCUCGCUGUGCUCCCUUGCGUUAUCCCUCUCCUCCUCUUGCUCUUCUUCGCCUUCCUCCCUUCGUCCUCUUUUUCUUCGCUUCCUCCUCCUCCCGCAUCUUCUCUGUUUCACUCCUGCCAUUCUCGCCGUUUCGCGUUUCUCGCGCGACGCUGUCUCCUCUCUCGGCGAGGACAAUCUUCCAGCCUCAGGACUUCAGCGGGUCUUGUCGAAAGGACGUCCUCUCGCCUGCGGCACUGCGCCCACCGCAGACUGCUGAGCAGAUCUGAUCUGCUUGUGGACUUUGUGACUCCAGGCGCUUCCCCGUCUGCUGUCGCGCAGCAGAAGAUGGCGCAACGACGAACAGUGCAGCGGGCGUAGGCGAGAGCGCGAGGCGGCACAAGAAAGCGAAGAAGGGAGGAGGAAGAGAAAGAAGAAGAGAGAAGAAGUGAAGACGAGCGAGAGGGAGAGAAAGAAGAAGAGAGAAGAAGUGAAGAAGAGCGAGAGAGAGAAAGAAGAAGAGAGAAGAAGUGAAGAAGAGCGAGAGGGAGAGAAAGAAGAAGAGAGAAGAAGUGAAGAAGAGCGAGAGGGAGAGAAAGAAGAGAGGAGAAGAGAGAGGAGAAGAGAGAAAUGAGAUAAGGAGACACGAAGGUUGUGUGUGUGUCGAAAGAGAGACGGCAACGUCGAGAGAUCAAGCUGCUUGCAGGUUUCGCUGAACCGAGGGGAGCCAUGGGGAAAAACGAGAACAGUAAUCCUGUAGGACGCGGUCAGGACGAAGAUGUGGAAGACCAAGAUGAAGAACAGAAAACGAAGGUGUCUCUUGCAUGCACACCGAGGAACGGGGCUGUCUCAAAUGGAUCGCUGGUUCUGCGCGCCGAGGAGGAGAUGUGUGCAUGGGCGUUCGACAUCCUGAUUGCUCACCUCGAGGGCCAUCCGAAGCGGCCCCCGCCUCCGGUCUCGGUCGUUCGCUUGAAGGAAUGCGGAGUCUCUUGUCCUGCCUUUGUCACCUGGAUGAAACAACGCAAAGGCGCGGUCGGAUUUUCUCGCGAAGACGCGGACCUCCGGGGAUGCAUCGGUUCCCUCAGUCCUAUUCCUAUCAUGGAACUUGGAGAGUACGUACUGACAAGUGCAUUGAGAGAUCGAAGAUUCAAGCCGAUUUCCUUGCGAGAGGUUCCCAGGCUGAAGUGCCAUGUUUCUCUUCUGCAUUCCUACGAGCAAGCAUCGCAUGCGCUGGACUGGACGGUCGGUCUUCACGGAACGACGAUUUCUUUCUGCGACGACCGAGGAGUGAAAUACUCAGCAACCUAUUUGCCGGAGAUUGCAAAGGAAAUGCAGAUGACCCAGCGCGAGGCGAUCGCAUCUUUGGUGAAGAAGGCAGGCUACACGGGAGCAGUGACAGACGAGCUUCUCGACAGAAUUUCUCUCACGCUUUAUCAGUCGAGUCAGGCUCGCCUGGAUUUCGACUCCUACGUAGCUAAGUAUGGACGCUACAACGGCCGCAAAAAUGAACAGGGAGAUUCCUUUGACUUUUAAAAACACAGAGAGAACCUUUCUCUCGCCACACCAACGAAGGCUCGCUGGCUCCAGGUGUACAUGUACUUGCAUUUGAAUGCCUCUCUGUAUCGUCCAUUCCUGUCUAUCUGUCCUUACUUCUCUAACAGUCUGUAUCUGUGCUUCUCUGUCGUUAUCGAUCAACCAUCAUUUUUCUGCCGUUGUCUGUGUACCAUUAUCCGCGUUCCCCUGCCUUUGCAUUAUCAUCUAUUUCUCGCGAUCCGUCUAGUGCUCUCUCUAUCUAUCAUUAUCUCUCUCUCUCUGUACACAAAUACAUAUAUAUAUAUAUAUAGAUAUAUGUAGAUAUAUAUAUGUAGAUAUGUAUAUAAGUGUGUGUAGAUGACGAAUGAACGAUUGGGAUGCUGUCUAGGGAUUUUUCUAUAAUAGAGAGGGAAGUGAUUUCGUGCAGAUGGUUUUCAAAGUGGGUCAGGCGAAGCGAUGGGCAGUCACUCGCUGCGUAGAAACAGCGACCGUUUGUACUGUCACUUACUUUCACAGCUGCGAAAGAGAUACUUUGCUCAGCAGUGGGGUGUCGCGGCGCGCGCGUCGUCCCUUGCGUACCUGCGUCUCCAUGUCGGCCGAAGACGCGUCUUGAGCUCUGAUGAGGCUUAGAUGCAUGCAGUCGCUGGACAGACAAGAAGCCUUUCGGCGCAGGGAACACACCCGAAAAAAAAACGACCUUCGACCGCACUCUUUUAUGCACAUGCGUUUCCAAUUCUGCACACUCACACACACACAUAUAAAUAUAUAUAUAUAUAUACAUAUAUAUAUAUGAAUAUGUAUAAAUAUACAUAUAUAUAAAUAUACAUAAAUAUACAUAAAUAUACAUAAAGAUAUAGAUAUAUAUAUGAAUGUAUAUAUACGUUUCGAUAGGACUGUGUAUUUCCAUUUUGCCACACAUGCAUGCACAUGUGCGUGUAUAUGUUUCUGUACAGAAACGUUCUCUCUGCAAGUUUUUUUUUCUGCAUAUCCGUGUAAUCGUAUCUUACUGGUGUUCCGCAUAGGGCGACUGAGGAGGGGAUACAUUUUUUGGGAUGCGGGGGAGGGGACUGCGGCAGGUGCGUUGGUGGUGGAGGUUUGACGAGAAAAGGAAUGUUCGCGGUUGAUCCUGAGUGGGACUGGAGUCGUCUGAUCGUUACCGAGACGUUUUUCGCGAUUCAAGAGUCAGGCGGAAGCGGAGGGCGUCUCGCUUCUUCGUUGCUUUCUCGAAGCGUUUGCUUGGAGGUCACUGUGUGUCGGUCGCCAGGUUGCUCUGCAUGCAUUUAACUCGCUUUUUUGAGUCUUCCAGUGAAGCCUUUUCCAACAGGGC